ACUAGCAACUGCUGCCAGUACACACACACACACACUACACUGCAUGCAGUAUCUCUCGAUCUCUGUGACCCUUUGAGUGAAAGGAAACGGCUAGCUCUCUCUGCUCAGGUGGUGAAAAACUGUUCAAAUCUUGCAGUCCUUCUGUGAUCCUUGUCAGACGAGUUUACACUUCUCUCCCGUAUCGACUCUCCAUCAUGGCUGGUUUAGUGAAAGGCAAGGAUUAUGACUGGAAGGACAGUAACAUGUCGCUGUUCGGUUCCGACCUGGAAAAGAACGUGAAGAAAGCGUCAGCGGAUACGGAAGCUGCAUGGGAUCACGCUGGACUGAAAGUCGGCGUCCAGGUGUGGCGCAUCGAGAAAUUCAAGGUGAAGCACUGGGCAGAGGAGGACCAUGGCAAGUUUUACAGCGGAGACUCCUACAUCAUUCUCAACACGUACAAGAACCCCGACGAAGACGAUUUGGAAUACGACCUGCACUUCUGGAUCGGAUCUAAGUCGACUCAGGAUGAGUACGGCACAGCUGCAUACAAGACUGUUGAACUGGACACUAAGUUGAACGAUAAGCCAGUUCAGUAUCGCGAGGUCCAAGGCUACGAGAGCGACCUAUUCAAGAAGGUCUUCUCCACAAUUCAGAUCUGGAACGGCGGUGUCGAUUCUGGAUUCAACCAUGUCAAGCCGACUCAAUACGAGCCGCGACUUCUGCAUUUCAAGGGAACCAAGAAAAGUGUUGUGUGCAACGAGAUAGAUCUUGUGAAGGACAACGUGACGUCUGACGAUGUGUUCAUCCUCGAUCUGGGCAGAAAGAUUUACCAGUUCAAUGGCAAAGAGUCGAGCAAGGAUGAGCGUCUGAAGGCUAUGCAGUUUCUGCAGACGCUGAAGUCUGAGCGCAACGGCCGUGCAACUGUGGAGGUCAUCGAUGAAGCCUCAGACCGCCGACCAGCAUACUUCUUCAGCCAUCUAGAGGAAGGAGAAGCCACCCACCAAAGGAAAGACGAGGCUACACUCAAGUCAUUCGAGAAGGUAAUGUUCAGGCUGAGUGACUCAUCCGGGGAAAUGCAGUUCAGUGAAGUGGCGCGAGGCAGUCUCAAGCGUGCAGCUCUGGAUUCCAAUGACGUUUUCAUUGUGGAUGGCGGUACGGAGAUCUUUGUGUGGAUAGGAAAGAAUGCCAGUUCCGAUGAGAAGAGACGUGCCGCUGAGUUUGGCCAUAAAUAUGCCCAGGGUAGUGAUCAUCCUCUUGUGCCGAUCGCCAAUAUCAAGGAGGGAAGGGAGCCGGCUAAGUUCUUCACUUUUUUCUAGACAUCCCUAAGUGACGGUGUCUGAACGUGUGUAUAUGUGUAUCAAUGGGACUGUGUGUAUUUCCAUCUCAGAUAGUGUGCCCUCACGCACAGAUAUCAUGUCCAGUGAGUAGUGGCUCUUGGCUUGUAGUUUCCCGGAUUUUUCUGCAGCAUGGUUACUGACUGGUCACAGCUUCUCCCCAGCCCCUUCUCCUCGUCUGCUCUAUUAUUCAUUCACAACUCCCUAUUGCUAUCAAAGGAAGUGUGGCACCCUUGGUUGGGAAAACUGUAACAGUUGCCUUCCCCUUUUCUUGUGCUCACAGCCAUUCAGCCCUUACAGGAGUCGUAUGCCGAUUUUCCUAUCAUUGAAUUUUCUAGAAAUUGUUUUCAAUCUUAGCUGGCCCUAUCUAUAUGCCACUAACAUACCUGCUAAACUCCAACAUGCAAUGUAGUCUUCUCUGUCACAGUCGAAUAAUACCGUCGUAACUGACUGUGUCACUGAAUAAAACAUUGACUACAGA